CGGACGAAAGCGGCGGUCUUGAAAACCGUUUGGAGCAAUCCACGUGGGUUCGAAUCCCCCCGUCCCCUCCAUUUGGACAAAACAAGCAAAAAUAUUUUGUUCUCUUGAAAAAAACCAAUUCAGUAUAUGGAGAUAUGCCUGAGCCAGGCCAAAAGGGGCAGUUUCGAAAACUGUUCGGAGCAAUCCACGUGG